CAUUUAAAUACCCACCGCUUUCUCUCUCUCUCCGCAACCUUCGUGCUCUUCUUCUGCCUUUGCGCACUUUUUUCCACCAUUAAAAUCCCUUUUCAUUUUCUCUCUCCUCUAAACCCUUUGAGCUUUUCCAGCUCUAGGGUUUAGAUUCAUUUUCAUUUUCCCCCAAUUUUUUUUUUUUGUUUGUUUGAAUUUUGAUUUUGUUCAUUUUUUUUUUUUGAUUAAUUUUGGUUUUGAUUGGAUUGAGCUCAGUUGGUGGUACUGUACUAUUGCAUUUUGAUUUUGAUUUUUUUUGGGUUGAAUUUUCGAUUGAUUUUUUUGGGGAAGAAUUAUGGAUCUUCCGAGUUUGGCUGUGAUUCUUCGUGCUGCUCUUAGUCCUAAUCCAGAUGAACGCAAAGCUGCUGAAGAUAGCCUAAAUCAGUUUCAAUACACGCCGCAGCAUACGGUCAGGCUAUUACAGAUAAUAGUCGAUGGGAAUUGCGAUAUGGCUGUGAGACAGGUUGCUAGUAUCCAUUUCAAGAACUUUAUUGCCAAGAAUUGGUCGCCUCAUGAUCCCGAGGAGCAAUCAAAGAUCUCACAGGCUGAUAAAGCCUUGGUGAGAGAAAAUAUCCUUGUGUUUGUGGUUCAAGUUCCACCGCUUUUGAGGGUGCAGUUGGGCGAGUGCCUCAAAACAAUUAUCCAUGCUGAUUACCCUGAGCAGUGGCCUGGCCUUCUUCAUUGGGUGAAGCAUAAUUUGCAAGAUCAACAGGUCUAUGGUGCUCUGUUUGUUUUGCGGAUUCUCGCUAGAAAAUAUGAGUUCAAGUCAGAUGAUGAGAGGACACCUGUGCAUCUAAUUGUUGAGGAGACUUUUCCUCCUUUGCUCAACAUAUUCAACAAGCUUGUCCAGAUUCCCAACCCUUCACUAGAUGUGGCAGAACUCAUAAAGCUUAUAUGUAAAAUAUUUUGGUCAUCUAUCUAUUUGGAGAUUCCCAAACAGCUAUUUGAUUCCAAUUUGUUCAAUGCUUGGAUGGUUCUUUUCUUGAACAUUUUAGAGAGACCUGUUCCUGAAGAAGGCCAGCCUGCUGAUCCUGAUCAAAGGAAAUCCUGGGGUUGGUGGAAGGUUAAAAAAUGGACAGUUCACAUCUUGAAUCGGCUAUACACAAGAUUUGGAGAUAUGAGAAUCCAGAACCCUGAGAACAAAAAUUUUUCCAUGAUGUUUCAGAAGAGUUAUGCAGGGAAGAUAUUGGAGUGCCAUUUGAAUUUGUUGAAUGUGAUCCGUGCUGGUGGCUACUUACCUGAUAGAGUUAUCAAUCUUGUUCUGCAAUAUCUAAGCAAUAGCAUCUCAAAGUCCAGUUUGUAUCAAUUGUUGCAACCACGACUUGAUGUUCUCCUUUUUGAAAUAAUUUUCCCCCUGAUGUGUUUUAACGACAACGAUCAAAGACUUUGGGAUGAAGACCCUCAUGAAUAUGUAAGAAAAGGCUAUGAUAUUAUAGAAGAUCUAUAUAGUCCAAGAACUGCAGCAAUGGACUUUGUCAGUGAGUUGGUCAGAAAGCGUGGCAAAGAAAACUUGCAAAAGUUCAUUCAAUAUGUUGUUGAGAUUUUAAAGAGGUAUGAUGACUUCCCAGUGGAACACAAGCCAUAUCGGCAGAAAGAUGGUGCCCUUCUUGCUAUUGGUGCACUUUGUGAUAAGCUGAAACAAACUGCACCAUACAAAUCUGAGUUGGAGCGAAUGUUAGUGCAAUACGUUUUUUCCGAGUUCAAUAGCCCUGCUGGUCACCUAAGAGCUAAGGCAGCUUGGGUUGCUGGCCAAUAUGCUCACAUUGAAUUCUCCGACCAGAACAAUUUCCGAAAAGCACUUCAUAGUGUAGUGGCUGGGCUGCGUGAUCCGGAGCUUCCUGUUCGUGUGGAUUCAGUCUUUGCACUGCGUUCUUUUGUUGAAGCUUGCAAAGAUUUGGGAGAAAUACGUCCCAUUCUACCACAACUACUGGAUGAAUUUUUUAAACUUAUGAACGAGGUUGAGAAUGAAGACCUUGUAUUCACUCUGGAGACUAUUGUUGACAAGUUUGGGGAAGAGAUGGCACCUUAUGCUUUUGGACUAUGCCAGAAUUUGGCUGCUGCAUUCUGGAAGUGUAUGAGUACUGCUGAAAAUGACGAGGAGGGUGAUGAUCCAGGUGGUGCAUUGGCGGCUGUUGGUUGUUUACGAGCUAUAAGCACAAUUCUUGAAUCUGUCAGCAGACUUCCUCAUCUAUUUGGCCAAAUUGAGCCUACUCUUCUGCCUAUAAUGCGGAGGAUGUUGACUACUGAUGGCCAAGAGGUCUUUGAAGAAGUUUUGGAGAUUGUGUCCUAUAUGACUUUCUUUUCUCCUAUGAUAUCUCUGGAUAUGUGGAGUCUUUGGCCGCUGAUGAUGGAGGCACUGUCAGAUUGGGCUAUUGAUUUCUUUCCAAACAUCUUGGUACCUUUGGACAAUUAUAUAUCCCGCAGCACUGCUCAUUUUCUGACUUGCAAAGAUCCAGACUACCAACAAAGUCUAUGGAAAAUGAUAUCCUCUAUAAUGUCUGAUAACAAUCUUGAAGAUGGUGAUAUUGAGCCUGCACCAAAGCUCAUCGAAGUUGUAUUUCAGAACUGCAAGGGUCAAGUUGAUCACUGGGUUGAGCCUUACUUGAGGAUAACUGUUGAGCGACUGCGUAGAGCUGAGAAACCAUAUUUCAAAUGUCUUUUGAUUCAAGUGAUUGCUAAUGCUCUUUAUUACAACCCGAGUUUAACAUUGAGUAUACUCCAUAAGCUAGGUGUCUCUGCAGAAAUAUUUAAUCUUUGGUUUCAAAUGAUACAGCAAGUGAAAAAAAGUGGUUUGCGUACCAACUUUAAAAGGGAGCAUGAUAAGAAAGUGUGUUGUCUGGGAUUGACGUCCUUGUUAGCACUUCCUGCUGACCAAUUACCAGUGGAAGCUCUUGGACGUGUUUUCAGGGUUACUCUUGAGCUGCUUGCUGCAUACAAGGAACAGGUUGCAGAAGCUGCGAAGGAGGAGGAGGAGGCUGAAGAUGAUGAUGUUAUGGAUGGUUUUGAUUCUGACGGUGAAGAUGAAGGUGAUGGCUCUGACAAAGAGAUGGGAGUUGAUGAGGAAGAAGGGGAUGAUGCUGACAGUAAUCAUCUGAAUCGAUUAGCGGCACGGGCUAAAGCCUUCAGAAUGAAUGAUGAGGAUGAUGAUGAUGAUUCUGAUGAUGAUUACAGUGAUGAUGAAGAGUUACAAUCUCCCAUUGACGAGGUUGACCCUUUCAUAUUGUUUGUUGAUACAGUCAAAGUGAUGCAAGCUUCAGAUCCUUCAAGGUUCCAAAUUUUGACUCAAGCUCUAGAAUUCCAAUAUCAAGCACUGGCCAAUGGAGUUGCCCAGCAUGCUGACCAAAGACGGGUAGAGAUUGAGAAAGAGAAAUUGGAGAAGGCAGCAGCUGCUUCCUCGUGAUUUCAUAUUGUGGGAAGGCAAGCAAAUGGAUACUUGGUUUUGUAUAAGAAUUUCCAUUCUUUUGCCUAUUCCAUUUGUGAUGCAUCCAGCGUCAUAUAUUGGGACAGUAAUGAAGUUAAAUGGUCAGGGGUAUGUGUUGGCAAAGUGUUUGGAUUUUGUUCUGAGGUCGCUGAUGGAAAGCGGUUAUGAAACUUGGAAAGUCUCACACAUACCUCUGGGGUAGGCAUUCCUGGUGUAAAAGGUGCCUGGUGUCUUGCAUUCCUGGUAAAAGCUGCCAUUGCCAUGGUUUGCAACAACCCUUUUGGGGUUUGUAGGUUCCAGAAACGUAUUGUCUACUUUUAUGGACAAGAGGAGAUCUGCGUGUAGGGUGUAUAAUGUGCAUUCUUUUAUGUAUCUAUUUAGGCAUCAACUAGGGUGUCCUAGGUUGUACUCACAAUUUUGCGUCUGAGUAUUGGCCCAUUUUCAUUUUUUAUUUUAUUAUUUUUUAUUUUUUUUUUCCAAUUUUAUGCAUUCAGCACUAUAUUGAUUGGUUGGGCCUUUUUUCCCAUCUUUCCAGUGAGGGAUGUUUUCAAUUUUGGCUAUGAUGCAGCAGGUUAAGGUGACUUGCUGGUCGAUGUAAGACUUUUUUGAUUUUUGUAUCAUAUCAAAUACACUUGAGUUGAGAUAUGCGGCUUUGCAUCCCUUGAAUGUGCCCCUUUGUAAAACCUUGAAACUGAUGAGUGAAGAAAGAGUUUUCUGGUGGCGGUUUUUA